AUGCAGCGUCUGAGAAAGGUUGGCCGUCUUUACUGUUGGGAGUCAUUUCCUCCACCCAGUGACAUUCGUCGCAUUUUUUGUAUCAUCGACUUGCUUGCAAAUCCGCGGGCGAUUGGUUGGAGUCAUGGCCCCGUAAGCCAUCUUCCACCUACAAGUUUGAUAAUCAAUGAGUCUGGUGCUCCCACUUCGUGGAAGCGUGUCAGCGACGAUUGGAAACCCAGUCGUCGUUUAUUUAUUUUGACUCAGGCCCGGCGCAUUCUCAUUGCCUAUCUCUGGUUUGAUCUUUAUUUGGCUAUUUUCGCGCGCGAGGACGACCUUCUCGCAACACAGAUGAUCAAAAAUGUCUCUGAAAGCCUUGGAGCACACCUCACACAGACUGUGGGCCAAGAGAUAUACAAGUGGCUAUGGCGCGUUGCGCGUAUCAUCAGCGCCCAGUUCUUUCUUGAUGGGUCUCAUGCAUUCUUUUCUCUCAUCGCUGUUGGAAUUAUAUCGAGUACUUCAAUUGAUAUUGCGGGAGAGACAUGGACAUACCCAACUUUAUUUGGAGGUUUCCGGCUGUCAUCACCAAAUCUCAAAGACUUUUGGGCCAACUGGUGGCACGAUGUUCUUCGACGCCCAAUGUGGUCUGUCGCUCAGUGGCUGCUGCCGUCGAACACUUCCAGCAAAGUCCAUAUCUGGGGAGUGUUUGUAAUCACUGCUGUUUCACAUGUUGCAACGAUAUACCAAAAGACGAAUGCUCAGUGGAUUGCCUCCCAUGGGAAGAAGGGUCCAACAGCGACUCCAUUUCUACUUUGGACUGUUGAAGUGAUAUCUUCUAUCACUUGGCUUCUAAUGACUGCCGCGCAGUCCAUGGAGUACAAAACUGAUGAGUAA